AUGAAUAACUUAAGAGAAAAAUUGUUACAUAGAAACUCAUCAAACAAUCAACUUCUUAAUACAGACAAGAGAAACAUGUUUAUGGAGUAAUCAAUGACUACAAACUCAAUGAAAUUCAACUAAAGUCAUUUUCUAGAGCUAAGUACAAGGAUCGGGAUGGAUCAAAACAAAAUUUCAAAUGAAAAUAGUCAAAUUUACCUGCACAACGACGAGGGCAUUAGCUCGUUUAGAAUCUUUAUGAUGAUAAUAAAAGGAUACUGUGCAAUGGUUAUUCUUAUUCUGCCAAAGAGCUUCGAAAAUGGUGGUUAUAUUGCCUCUCCAGCAACUUUAAUCAUAAGUGGUUUCGCCUCAACUGUUUGUGCGUUAAAACUUGCGUAAGUUGGGGUUAAAACAGGCAUUUACGAUUUUUCUGAAGUAGGAGGAUUAGCAAUGGGAAGAAUAGGAAAAAUCACUAUUGAUCUAAUGCUUUGCUUUACCUAUUUCACAUUCCUUACAUCUAAUAUGACUUUUGUUUACGAAAAUGCCAAAGAUCUUUAUGAACACUACUUCUCUCGAGAUGAUUCUGUUUUUGUCGCUGGGUUUCUCAUAACAAUAGUCUACUUUUUUUUGAUUUAGUAGCUUGAUUUGAAGAAAUUUUCUUUUGCAUUUGUUCUUGGAUCAACUAUUCUAUUAAUUGUUUGCGUAAAAAUGAUCAUCUACUGCAUGGUCAUUAUAAGCAAAGAAGGAGUGGGCGAAGAUAUUAAGGCAAUUGACUCUAACAACUUCUGGGGUGCACUUGGCUUCUCUAUUUAUGUAUAUGAAGGAAUUGGGUGCAUUAUGCCAAUUUUGAAAAUAAGCAAAAAUCCAAAAUAAUUCUACAGAAUGCUUAUUUAUGCUGUAACAGCGCUUGUCAUCACAUAUACUGUUUUCGGAGUCAUAUGCUAUUUAGCUUUUGGUAACAAAUUAACUGAACCAAUCGUACUGCAAAUGCUUCCUUCAGACAAUAUUCUUACAAUUUUUAUUAAGAUCAUAUUCUGUCUGCAACUAUUGUGUUCUUACCCAUUAUAUUCGACUUUGGUCACUAAUAUCGCCGAGUCUUAUAUAUUCCAUCCAAGAUUUGUCAAGCAAUACGACUAUAGAAGAGUUCUUUUUAGAGGUCUCCAGGUGAUUAUUGGAGUUGUGAUGGCUAUUAUUUUUGCCAAAAAAUUGGACAAAUUUUUCUCUGUAUUGGGAGCUCUUCUUUGUGCUCCUAUAGUUUUCAUAUUGCCAACUUUAUGCCAUUUGUAUCUAGUUGCAGAAACCAAAGCAGAAAUUUUAACCGACAAAGCAAUUAUCGUGGUAGCAUUUUUCAUUCAAAUAUUCUGUACAUAUUAGGCAUUAUUAUCUUGGGACUCUUGA